AAUUAGUUUAUUUUUUUGUUGUUUAUUUUAAUUUAAUAACAGUAGACUGUUGUGGUGCGUUGUUUAAAAGUGCGUGAUAUCUAUAACUGAUAUAUAUCAUAAAAUAAAAAAGGUGAAAGAAUCAUAACGGUUUUUGUUAGUGCGCGGUUUUUAUCAAAGUUAUAAACAAAUAAAAAAACAUUCCUUGUACGCAUUUUGUUGCCAUUUUAAGCAAUUGCAUUUAGUGGAGCAUUGCUUGUGAUAAAACGAAAGAAACAACGCGCAGGGGUAUGAAAAUGAUUCAUACAAGCACAACUACGUACUAAAAGUGAGCGCAAAACAUAAACAAGAAGAACAACAAUAACAAUUAAACGCGAUCGUCAAUGGGGAAAAAAAUGUGUAGUAUAUAGCUGCAAGUGCAAAAGUACAUGAAUUGAAGUUGUUUUUGGUGCCGCAAGAAGAGUUUUUACUUUUAUUUGUUUUUUGUUUAUUGUUCUCAAAUGUGUGCCAACGACAACAACAAUAGACGACGUCUCAAAAUUCGCAUAUUUGCAUAGAAGAAAUCAACAGUUUCAGCCUUAGCCAUGGAGCAAGCCGCGCCACGUCCAGUGCCAGCACCACGUCGUCUCUAUCCAGAACUGCGUGCGGCCAACUAUGAGAACAUUGAGCUCAAUCUGCCACACAGCAGCAAAAGCCAAUGCCAAAGCAACAACAACAACAAUUGCAACAAGUUGAACAUCGAGUCAAAGAAUCUUCAUCAAAGUUGCAGUGAGAAGAGCGCGCAUCAGAAGCUCAUACAGAAUGUGGUACUGGAGCAGCAGCCCAUCUAUGGACCCGAUGCCAAUGAGAAUGUGCCACAGGAACCGUUAUAUGCAACACCCAAGCCAGCGCCGCGACAGCGUCUGCCUCCAGAAGAGAUUUCGUCGCCCAAUCUGAGGCUGCGCAAGGCGCCCGAGGUGCCGGCCAAGCCGCUGAACAUUGAGCUGGAGCGUCGACGCGCCGAUCGCUACUCAAUCUCCAGUGAAUUCUCCACCACAAGUGUAGAUGUGGGUGCUGGCAAUGGCGAUCUGGAGUCGCAGUAUACGCCAAGCUCCGGCUCACUUAACUCGCUAAGCGGCAAAUUCAAUACACAAUCACCCGGGUAUGUAGUCGAUGUCGACUCUGAUGCGGAGCAGCAAGUGUUUGACGACCACGACCAAGUCGAGGUUCCAGAUCAGGUCCCGUCCGACAUAGAGGCAGACGAUUCUAACGCUGACGCUGACAACAAUCUGCUGCGUUCGCUGGGCAGCACUUCGAAGCAGCUGGGCGAGGCAAUUGGCGAACGCGUUGCCUUCAAAGCAAAGGACGCCAAGCGGCGCCUGGACAAGAAUCUAAAGAGUUCCAGCGAAGCGCUAAGCAAUCUACGACAAGCAGCAGGCAAACGCUUUGGCUCCAACUUUACGCUCACCAAACGGGACAAGGACAAAGUGCAGACGCGCGAGCCCAUGCAGCGCGGCGAGCACGCACAGCUCAUGGAGCGACCUAUGACCAUGCCCAAUACGGAUGUGUUCAAGGGCAUACAGUUCAGCAGCCCGCUGCAGCGGCUUGAGCGCCAGCAGGAUCUCAGCUGCAGCCAGGAGCAGGCGCACUCAGCGGAGUCGGAGACUAACUAUGAAGUGCCGCAGCAGAGCAAGCCAGCAAAGCCGCCCAGCUACGAUGAGGCGCUGCGUGCGCGUCCGCUGGAGACCGCCAGCAGCGAUUCGACGGGCGAGGAGCUGCCCAUGCCGAACUUUCCAGCGCCGCGUCUAUCGCAACAGCUGGACGCAUUGCAGGUGCAGGCGCAGGCGCCGGCGCGUGUAAAGCGACGCAAGCACUACGAGCACAUUCAGCUGCGUCGCCAGCUGGACUCGGCGCAGCUGCAGCAGCUCAACCUGGAAGCGGCUGAUGCCGAGCGGCUGCAGUCGCUGCAGCUGAGCGCCAGCAAUGCAGCAGCAGAGGCAACAACGCCGCAGCCAGCGCGCAGCGAUAGUUGGGAGUUCCAAGCUACUGGCGUGGAUGAGCAGCAGCAGCAGCAGCAGGAGCUGGAAGAUGAGCUCGACUCGUCGGCAGAGGAGCCGCUGUAUGCCAAUCAGGAGGCCACCUAUGGCAAGCUGUUUGAAAGUCGCAGCAAGCUGCUGACGCCGCAGCUGGAGCUGGCCUGCAUUAGCGAGGAUGCAGAGCUGGAGGGCGCUGUGGGCGGACUGCCGCUGGAGCUGAUUGAGGAGUUCGAUCCGCUGAGCAGCAAAUGCUCGACGCUGGCGCGCUCCAACAAAAGCAAUGAGCUGCUGCUGCUGGAGCAUCUGCUGGAGGAGGAUACCUAUGGCAGCAUAAAGCGUGAGCAGGACGAUGUCAGCAUGUGCACCUCCGAGGAGGAAGCAACACGGCUAACGCAAGCAGCACAGGAGGAGCAAGAGCAGGAUAAGACAGAAGUUAAGCAGCAGCUGGAGCAGGAGGAGGCUGCGCAAGUGGUGGACUUGGCACGCAAUCGCACCAAUUGGUUUGUCAACGAUGCCAAGACGCCCAUUGAAGGCGACAGCCCGCCGACGUAUCUGGAGGCCAUAGGUGAACCCAUUGGAGCAGCAGCAGCAGCAGCAGCUGCUGUGCCGCCCACUGCCGCCGCCGCCGCCGCCGAAUCACGCAAUACGCUUAGCUCACGUCUACGCCAGACCAUGAACGCCUUCUCCAAUGUCAAACUGCGCAUGGACGCAAUGAAGCGUCGCGCCAGCUUCAAGGCGCGCCAGUCGGAAGUGAAGCAUACGCUGCAAAUGGUGCCACGGCCCACGCUCUCGCCCUGCCUCGUGCGCUACGAGGGGCCGCUGGUGCGCUUCCCCUCCGGCGUGGUCGAGGAUAUACUCAAGGAAAUGCAGAACCGCAAGGCCAUUCUGCGCGAUCGUCAGUUCCAAACGUUUCUGGAUCAGGAGAUGAAAACGCCCAAGGAGUUUAUACCACUGGAUGCCAUUACGACGCUGCAGUGCGUCAGCAACAGUCGCGUCACGGACAGCGCCACGCACUUUUAUUGCUUCGAGCUGACCACAUCGCAGCCCAAGCAUGGCGCAUGCUACAGCGCUGCCAGCGCCGACAGCAUGUCCUCCAAUCCCAAUCUGCUGCUCACCAGCAGCGCCAGCGGCAAUUGCAAGCAGCAGCGUGUUGCACAUCUCUAUGGCGUCAACAAGGAGUCGGAGCGCGGGGUGUGGAUGCAAAAGAUACUCGAAAGCUUGACCAACUCACUGCCGCUCAAAUAUACGUGUCACUACUAUCGCGCCGGCUGGUGUUACCUCAAGACUUCCAUAACAUCCGAGUGGAGCGGCACUUGGCUGGUGCUGCGCAAGAGCCAACGACGUCUCAUCUUUGUCAGCGAGUCGAAUGGCAAUGUGGAGAAAAUGGAUUUACGCAAGGCGCGCUGCAUUGUGCUGAAGGAAAGCGACGAAUCCAUUGACAAUCUGCAUGUGGAGAGCGGCCCCAUGCUGAUGAUUGACUGUCCGCCCUAUGCUGUCUACAUGGUCAUGAGCUCGACGCGCGAAACAAAGAUCUGGCGUCACAUAAUACGCGAAGUGGCGCAUAACAAUGGAUUCUCGCUGGGCGAGCAGCAGCUGACGCGCUACGACGUGCCCGUCAUUGUGGACAAGUGCAUCAAUUUCGUCUACAUACACGGCUCCAUGUCCGAGGGCAUUUAUCGCAAGAGCGGCUCCGAGAACUCCAUACAGAAGCUGAUGAGCGCAUUUCGCGCCGAUGCCUUCAAUGUGGAAAUCACACGCAACGAGUACAACGAGCACGAUGUGGCCAAUGUGCUGAAGCGCUUCAUGCGCGACCUGCCCGAGCGGCUGCUGGGCAAGCUCACCGAUAGCUUUGUCUUUGUCACCGAGCUGGCGGUGGCUACAGAGAAAAUUCCCAUCUACAAGGAGCUGCUGGCGCGACUCAGCACCAUUGAGCACGAGACUUUGAGACGCAUUGUGGGCCACUUGGUGUUCAUAAGCUCGCAGCAGUCGAAGAACAAAAUGAGCGUGCAGAACCUAACCAUGAUCUGGGGACCCACAUUGCUGGCCAAGAAAAGCGACGAGCUGAUUUACUCACAAAAGGAGGCGGAUGUGCUUAGCGAUCUGAUAUUGCUCUACAAGAAUCUAUUUCCCUGCAGCGUAGAUGAAAUGAAAAAGGAGCAGGCUAUGCUCAGCUGCCUGCAGAAAUAUUACGCAGCAGCCGAGACGCUUAAGGAUGCUGUUAAACAGUCUGGCGACAUAAAAAUCUGGAUAAGUCUCAAUCCCAAUCCGGAGAAUACAACAGAGGAAAAGACACAAGUAAAUGCAACCAUUUCGCCUACGAAAAGCGCCUAUGAGCUUUGCCGCGAGUACGCAGCCAAAAUGGGCCUGGCCACGCAUCAGCUAACGCUCUAUGAGGUCAUACUGAACGGCAGUCUGGAGCGGCCGCUGCAUCAUGACACCAAAGUCUUUGACGUCAUACUCAAUUGGUCGUACUGGCCGGAGGAGGAUCGCAAGCAUAAUUAUCUGAUGGUGCGUCCCUUGGAGCUGCUGCGCGAAGUGCAACGCGCUGUUAAGAAUCUGGCAACAGUUACGCCCGGCAAGGAGCUGCGCUUUGCCGACUAUCGCACCAAGAGCUUCAAGUCGCUGCAGUGCGAGCUGCGCGAUGGCAAAAUUGUCAUCUCCAAGAAGGAUAAGAACGACAAGACAACCAUUGUGCGUGAAAUCUUUCUGCAUAGCUCCACAGCCUACUUGGGCUGCGAGCGCAAGCGCGACUUUCCCUGGAGCUGGGCCAUCACCUUUGUGGAGCGCACACAAGCGCAGAUAAUGCGUUCACGCGAUGCGCCGUAUAUUGGACACGUGCUGGCGGGCAGCGAGUGGAUGGAUCGCACCAUUUGGUACUCGAGCAUCUGGUAUUGUUUGCAUGGCGACAACAUCCUGCCGCCCGCUGAGAUCAUCAUCAAGUGAAGCGGCAUUUACACAAUUUAUUUAAAUAUAGCUUAAGUGCAAUAUAUAUUUUAGUUAUAUACUAGUUUCUAUAUAUCAAUGCCAAUCCAAUCAAUUCAUUAGCAAUCGUGAUAGUAAGCAAAAUGUUUUUAAAUUUAGUUGCCAGCAAAGUGUUAAGUGCAGCAGCUAUUGUUUAUAUAUAUUAAUAUCUACAGCUAUGGUUUAUAUAUAGCAAUAUCUACAGCUAUUGUUUAUAU